UCGGUAUGUACAGGAGAGGAGUGUGGAGGUAUGACAGUGAUAGGUAUGCACAGGAGAGGAGUACGGAGGUAUGACAGUGAUCGGUAUGUACAGGGGAGGAGUGUGGAGGUAUGACAGUGAUCGGUAUGUACAGGAGAGGAGUGUGGAGGUAUGACAGUGAUCGGUGUGUACAGGAGAGGAGUACGGAGGUAUGACAGUGAUCGGUAUGUACAGGAGAGGAGUGGGAGGUAUGACAGUGAUUGGUGUGUACAGGAGAGGAGUGUGGAGGUAUGACAGUGAUCGGUAUGUACAGGAGAGGAGUGUGGAGGUUAUGACAGUGAUCGGUAUGUACAGGAGAGGAGUGUGGAGGUAUGACAGUGAUCGGUAUGUACAGGAGAGGAGUGUGGAGGUAUGACAGUGAUCGGUAUGUACAGGAGAGGAGUGUGGAGGUAUGACAGUGAUCGGUAUGUACAGGAGAGGAGUGUGGAGGUAUGACAGUGAUCGG